GAACAAACUAAAUACAAUAAUGAAAAAGAAAAAUUGAUCAAUGUUCUUCCCUUCCCUCCUUUCUUCCUCCAUAAUCUCGUUUGUGUUUUGUUCUGAUUCCACGUGCAAUAGAAAUCAAAGCAUUUCCAUUGCCGUGACGAAUUCCCUGAAUCAAUUGCAAUAUUCCUCACUCCCCUUCAUAGAUUUCUUGAAUCAUCGAAUUCAAUAUAAUUUCUUCGAUUGUCAUCAUCUUACCCAUGAUUUCUCAGAAAACCCUAUCAAUCUUGCUGCCAAUAAAUACAAUAAUAUCGCAGAUUCUUUCCCCAACCUAGAUUACGUCAUUUAUCAUAAUCAUAAUACUUGACCUGACGAUAAAUUUUUUAUUUUGUGGGUCUUUUUUUCAUUGAAUUGGUGAAUUGAGUACAUUAUCCUUAAGAUUACCUUUUAUUUUUUACGUUCUUAGCGCGAUCUUUGUAUGCGUCCUUUCAGAUUCCCGUGAUUGUUUGCGUUCUCACUGUUCCUUUCCAUGAUUGCAUUCUUAAUUGUAUUUUGAUCUGAAAAUGGCGAAUAACAUGGAAAUCAUGCUUGCAAAACUUAAGAUGCCACUUUCUGAUUUGGUGACUGCAAUUUUAGCUAUGAAUGAUGAGCUUAUAGAUUCCGAUCAACUAGAAGAUUGUCUCAAAUUCUAUCCCACGAAUGAAGAGAUGGAGCAACUCAAGAAAUUCACAGAUGACUAUGAGACACUUGGCAAGCGCGAACAGUAUUUCCUGGAGCUAAUGAAGGUGCCACGCAUGGAUGCAAAAUUAAGGGUUUUUCUGUUCAAAAUAAAAUUUAACGUUCAGCUUUCAGAAUUCAAAACGAGUCUAAACACAGUAAACUCUGCAUGCGAUGAGGUGCGGAGGUCCACAAAGUUGAAAGAAAUCAUGAAGAGAAUUUUAUAUUUGGGGAAUACAUUAAAUCAAGGAACUGCUAGAGGUGCUGCUGUUGGUUUCAAGUUGGAUAGUCUCUUGAUAUUGACAGAUACACGAGCUUCAGACAGCAAGAUGACUUUAAUGCAUUAUCUGUGCAAGAAAAUUGCCUCCAAGUCCCCAAGCCUUUUAGAUUUCCAUGAGGAUCUUGUUAGCCUAGAAGCUGCAACCGAGAUAGAAUUGAAAGUUUUAGCAGACGAAAUGCAGUCCAUUACCAUGGGGCUGGAAAAUGCGAAGCAGGAACUAGCUGCAUCUGCAAAUGAUGGCCCAAUAUCUCAAGGUUUUCAUAAGACAUUAAAGGAAUUCAUUGGCCAAGCUGAGGCGGAAAUGACAAGUGUAAUGGAGUUCUAUUCCAUUGUGUGUAGAAAUGCUGAUGCAUUGGCCAUAUAUUUUGGUGAAGACCCUACUCGUUGUCCUUUUGAACAAGCUACUAUGACCCUUUUGAACUUUGUGAGACUCUUCCGAAAAUGCGACGAGGAGAACCGUAAACAGGAGGCUGAAAUGGAGGAAGUAAAGGGUGUUAAUGUAAAAUAAGAAAUGUUUCUUUUAUACACCUUUUAUUUUUUACCAAUAAAUUUUUAAAAAUGUUAUACCUUCAAAACCUAUUAUUUAUUUAUUUAUUUAUUUUAACAAAUAAUGUUUAUUGUAAUAUAUGUCCUAGCAAAAAGUUUAAUAGAUAAGUUGUACAUUUGUAA